AUGAAAAAGAAAUCAAAGAAUGGUCGACAUGCUCGACGAAAGCAACAUUUACGCAAGAAAUACUAUAAAUCUUGUUCAACAACGAAAGCAAUAUCACACGAACUAAAUGAUCUGUCUGAACUGCAGCACAUGGCAAGUACCAAUGGCAUUAAACCAUUAUUGAUCGGUCAGCAAUCUUCAUUGAAAAAGAAAUAUUAUCCUUCAUAUAUUGAAGUCAAUAUUAAUCCAAUUCUAUUCCUUCAUGAUUAUUCAAUAAUGUCCAAUAAGGAUUUUUCACAAGUAUUGUCAGCAGUAAUUACAGCAGAUGCUGAUAGAGACUAUUUACUUGAAUUAUGUAAGAAUGAAGCAAUAUUUCAUUAUGUUCGUCAAUUGGCACAAUCCAUCAAUAAAUUAAGUUAUUCAAAAUUACAACAUGAACAAUGGACAUAUUACUAUGAUCUUGGUAUGACAGAUGGCAUUUGGAGUGGACUUGUAUCGAAAAAAAUGGCACAGGUUAAUUCAAUGUGUUAUACGUAUGGUCGAGGAAAAGCACUGAUUGAACAGCGCCAAAAAUAUUUUCAAAAACAAAUCGAACAUAAUACUCAUGAGCUGGAUGAAUCUAGAAAGCAAAUACCUACUUCGAUAGAUUCCGAUAAACUCAUUUCUAUAAUCACUGCUUUUAUACAACAAGACCAAUCUAAUUUACGUAUUGAACUGGAUAGACGGAGAGCUAUGCUCAAAUUCGAUGCAAAAGAUCAUCAAUUAGUUGAAGCCUUCUAUCAAUUAAAACCAAGACAAACCGAAGUGCGUCUAUUUAUCUUAGAUACAUUUCAUGCAUUUUCUUUUCAUACUAUUUAG